UUUUGUUGGAUUCGACCGACCAUGAUGGAGGAAGAGUACGAUCUGCUCCCGCCACCACUCUCGCCCACCAACAGCGAGAUGGAUCCGUGGGCCGCCGCCGCCGCCAGCAGCCGCCGUGGUGGUGGUGCUGCAGCGUCCUCCCAGCGCGAUCUGUUCCACCAAGACCAUCGCCACACAGCAAACAUGGUCCAAGUGCCCGGGAUUACCGUCGACGCCGACGUGCUUCGCGCGCUCAAUCCCGACACAUCGUCGUCCAGUGCGCAGCCGCGUCAGCAGUUUCCGCAGUCCCAGCCACACUCGCGCUUUGCAUCGUCGUCGACAUUGCAGUCGCAUCAGCAUCAUCAGCGAUCGACCUUCCUACCCUCGGCGACUGCGGCGAGUGCGUCGGCAUCCGCUUCAGCCGGCGCACCUGCGCUCCAGCGCGGCCCGUCGUCCUCGUCGGGCUCGUCCAAGUUCGUCUCGAGCACGCCAUUCUUCAUUGCUCCACCGCCUCGUGCUUCAAAGAGCGCCAAGGCGCCCAUGCGACGAACCAUCGCGUCCACGACGGCCGACGUCGACGCCAGCACAAAUGGCGGGAAAACCGAAUCCGCCUCCUCGUCCGACGCCAUGCUCGACCCCACCGCCGCCGACGCAGCUGGUGCCGAAGCCGAUGCGCAGGGUGACGGCAAGACCAACAAGGACGCAACGCCCGCGCUCCUGCAGUCCCAACGGAACAAGCGACCAAAGAUGGACGCCGAGCGGCUGAUUGAGCACGGCAACGGCCUCGCCAAGCUGCUCGAGGACUCGCCGCGACUGCCCUUCCGCCGCGUGAAGGGCUCGGAGGCGUCGGAUCUCAAAAUCCUCAUUGCGUACUAUCAGCAGUGGACACACAACUUGUACAAUUCCAUGUCGUUCGGCGACAUGCUUGAGCGGCUCGAGUCGCUGGGCAAAAAGGGUGCCGUUCGCAACUAUGUCGACACGCUGCGAAACUUUAGCUACUCUGGGCUGCGCAAGUUUGGCAAUGCCGCUGCGUCGCGCGCGGCUGCAGAGGAGGUAGACGAAAACGCGCCGAUGGGCUCGCGCGAAACAGACUCCAUUACCGCUCGCCGCAAGUUUAUCGCCCGUCGAGUGUUGGAUGAAGAUUCCGACGACGGCGGUGGCGAGGAGCUCUGGUCUCUCAACAAGCCUGCUGCGAACGGACCGGACGACGAAGUGGCACUGCGCACUUUGGACGAAAUGGAGGAGCAGAUUGAGCGCGAGAGGCAGCGUGCGCGCAAAGCCGCACGCCGCUCAACUCGGCGCCGCCGCCACGAAGACGGCAGCGACAGCGACAACGACAACAAUGGCGGUGGUGGUGGUGGUGGUAGUGGCAGUGAUAACAACGACAACAGCAACAGCAGCGAUAACGAUGCCGCCAUGCACGACUUGUCACAUUACGACAGUAUGCUCGCUCAGGCGGAGCAGCGCCUCCGCAAACAACAAGCCGAGUCUCGUCGCCGGCCCAAGCGCGGGGGUACGCCAACCAAGUCAAGCGCCCCCACAGAUGCAACUGUUGAUGGAGAAGCCGUCACGGCAUCAGCUGACGUUGCAGCUCCUGUCGAGCAGGUCGAGCAAACUGCUGCCGAAAGCGUUUCUGAAACCCCAGCCGGUGAAGCGACCUCGUCGACUGCUGCAGCCGAAGAGCAUGACGCAUCCACCGCACCAACACCAGCACGGUACACGCGCGCACCGCGGGCUGCUUCCACUUUCAACCUCAACCUACAGGAAGAGGUGCGCGACAUGGAGCAAGCGGAGCAAGCAGAGCAAGAUCGACGACUCGAGGAAGGCGAGAAUUUGGUGGAUGUUGGGCUGUUGCUUCACGGCGAGGCCGAGAUCGCGUCAAGCUCAACCGCUACCGCCAUGGAAUCUUAGACUACAUCUCUUGGUUUGGUUUGAGCGUUUGAGGGUCGCUCGCCCACUGUUGUUAAUGGAUAUGUGACUGUAAUAAAUAGCUUUGAAUAGAUACAAAAAAAU